UCGCAAGCAGAUGGACUCGAAGACAUAAAAAUCACAAGCGGCCGAAACCAUACAUGAGCUAAUGACCAUGAGAUUGAGUAUGGACAGGAGUAGGAGGGCAGCUAGCAAUUUGCAGGCUGUGGAGAGGCCACGUCAGCGCGCGCCUCGUGAGGCUGUCUCGGCUUCCUCAGCAGCAGGCAGCAGCUCCCAUCUUCUCCGCUCCUGCCGCGGCAACGUGCGGCCAUCCAAAAGAUGCGGCCGCCGCCGAAGCCCGCCAGCGGCGGCGGGGCGACCCAGCUGGCCAGCAGGCCAACUAGCAAUAGGCCCGGCGGCGGCGUCCUGAGGCUGCGGCUGCGGCUGCUGCAGGCGCCGGCGGUGGUCGCGCUGGCGGCGGCGCUGGCGGUGUCGUCCGCCGCUACUCCUCCUCCCGCGCCGGCGCCGGCGCCGCUGUGCAACCUCCCGCCGACGCUGUCGGGCUCGGACGGCGGCGGGCGGCAGGGCGAGGCGAACCGGAUCCGGCACCCCAAGUCGGAGCGCGCGGCGCGCUGCACGUCCAAGUGCGUCAGCACCUGCGUCCUCGGCGGCUACGGCGCGCCGGGCGUCGCCGGCCCCUUCAACAUCCGGAGGCCCCUGGUGGUGUUCAAGGACACCUUCCGAAGCCGGCAGUACUGCUUGGUGGAGUGCUCGGACAUCUGCAAUCUACUCAAGGACGGCGAAGAUGACCAGUGAUCGAGAAGGGGUACAGUGAGUGGACACAACGCACAAUGCAAGAAGACGUACACGGCAUCGCCGCCUUGACGACAUGCCAUGCGAGCUAUAGGCGGCAUGGAGGAACGUGUUUGCUCUAGCGCUACACACAAUUAGGAAGAAACCGAGUGGCGGCAAAAGAGUCCUGUGUGCUUUGCGUCAUGGAGGAACAUACGUACUAUACGUAUUUGCUCUCUCUCGCCGUAUGUGUAUAGUCUGUCAUGUAGAGAAGCUGAAUCUAGUGAGCUGCUUUCGACAUUUUAGCGUUGUACGUGACCUCUAAAUUUAUAUAACACACACACAAAGCUCAAUUUCCAAA